UAUGUGUGCAGGUUAAAGGUCAAAUACAUACCAGAGCUGUGUAGUACAGCUCCAUGCUGUUUCUCCCUUGUCCCUUGCUCAUCAUUUGCUAGUCAAAUUUACACUUUUGAGCCCAGUUUCUCCAGUGUAUGAGGGGAUAUCAAGCCUUCUUCCUACCUCUGCCUGGAAGUCUGGCCACAAUCAGCCCUCGGCCAAGAUCAGCUCUCCCCAAGAACGGAGUUCCAUCAAGAGGCACAGCAAGGAAGAUCAUGGGACUGGGGAGAAUACAAUCAGGAGAACCCUGGUAGGGCAAACCAAUGGUCAGGAUUGGCAGGAAGGUGCAGCAUAUGGUACUGAUGUAAACCUCCGAAGUGCUCUUACAUCUUAUUGUUACAAACCUUACCACGAUAAAACAGUGACAUUCACAAAUACAGCACCAUCUUGCUAUGUUAUUGAAGAAAAUUGCAACAUGUCUAAGCCUUUGUCGCCUUCGAAAGGGUCUGGAAUAUUUCGCUCCCCAACCACUUCCAUCAAAAACUUUUUUGGGAAGUUAGCACAUAAAUCUGAAGAUGAAGGCAAUAAUAAUAAGGUACAAAAGCAUGCAUCGAUGGAAAUCAUCCCAAUUGACGGUGUUGACCAGCUUUCUGCAAAGUUAGGACAGAGUGUUGAGAAUGUAGCAGCUGUUACAAAUGGUAAAGAUACUCCUCGCUCCAGGAGAAGGGCUGUGGUGGAGGGCGCUGUACCAAUUGCAAAAUCAAGACUGCAUGGGAAGAAAACAAGUUACGCCCCUCCGCUAGCACAUGCGUAUCAGAAGAAAAAGGAGUUCAAUGCCGGUGAUGCUAGUCUGUCCAAAUGCCUUGAUGUUAUUCGUGCAGAUGUAAAAUCAUUCACGAGUCUCCAAAGUCGACAUCCAAUAGAAAUAAAGCGCAAGUUUGAGCAGGCCCGUCAGGAAAGUGGAGAAGGCGGGGACCUGGAUUGGAGACAGGGAAGGCCGCAUUCUCGUUCUCGCUCUCGUUCGCCUGGCUCAACACGGUCAGGGUCUCCAGUUACAGAAGCUGGCUACGACACAGCCAGUAGUUCUGAGGCACAUCUGAAUCGGGCAGUACAUGGUAGAUACCUUGGUAAUAUGUUAGCACCUCCCAGGCAAAGGCUUUCUGUAAGUCCCGAAAGGGAAAGGGUACAGUCAACUAGUCCUUCCACCGAUGGAAGACAGUCUGCUAGUAUGUCCUCAGGUGGACUGGCCUCACCUAGCCCUCAGGCCAGUCCUCGCAGCUCCAGACACUCCCACAGCCCCAUUCCUGAGGAUGCUCGCAGUAAGUCUUCAAGUUUAGAAAGACCAAAAGUGAGUGUCCAACCACCAACACCACUGGUCAAGAGGAGAUCAAGAGAAACACACCGUGGGCCUCGAAUGAAGUCAUUGGAAAUGUCUGUUGAAGACUAUAACAAUCUGUCAUCAAGGUAUUUCAUAGAAAAGGAACAAGAGAGAUCCAAGGAAAGAACAGAAUCCAUUUCUCCCUCCAGACAUCCAAUAGAGAUAAAACGAAAAUUGGACAUGGCAAGGGAAAGAUCAUUAUCUCAAGAGUCCUCUGAUUCAACCACAGGUAGACAUAGCAAUGAUUCCCAAUCCAUAGAAAAGUUUCAAAUACCAGCUGCUGCAGAGAAGAGAGCUAAAUUGUACAGCCCUACUCAGCCAACUUCUCGGCUUUCUCCUACCAAGCAGGAAACAGCAAAUACAGAAGCCCAGGCAAGUGAAGAUCUUGUUAGAUAUGGUUCAAAAUCAAAAGGCAGUGAUGACAAAGUUGGAUACUUUGAUGACAGAGCCUUGGGAGGGGAGCAAGACCUUACCAAUAACCAUGGAGAAAGAGUCUUUUGUAUGGUCAAAAUUGCUCCAACUGUCAGUCCUAAGCCAGAAAUAUCUGACUCGGAAAGUCCAUUGACAGCAGAAACCACCAGUAAUGACUUAGAGAAUUAUACAAAAGUGACACCAACAUCCCAGCCUAGCUCAAAGCUUUCAAACCAAUCACACGUAUCUAAUCCCUCCGGGGAAAAAAGAGUUACAGGGGCAUCUCCAAGUAAACUUAAUGUAGAACCUCAGCCUGUAAAAGCAAAAUCUGGUAAUGGUAACCUAAGUCCUGUUAGUGCCUUACAAGUGCCUCAAGCUCCAUCAGGUGCUAGUGACCUACCACACAGUCCACCAGGGCAGGGAGCCUUCUAUGUUGUCAGGACUACAGAACAGCCAGAACCAGUCAAGCUCAGAGCUCAGGUAAGAGACAUUGGCAGUUUUUUUGCUGAUCCAGUGGUUAAGAAGGAGAGGCCGAAAAGUGUGCCAGAUUCCAAGGGAUUUGAUUGGGUGGAGGAGCAACACUACUUCGACAAGUCUGGUAGGUACGUCAAAGAAAUUCGUAAAGUGGAGUACUCCCCCUCAGGGAAUCCAAAACUUGGUGACAGUGGCUACAUCUCUCCCUCCAAAACACCUCCUUCCUGCCAAACCCCUCCAACAGAUGCCACACCUGGGCCUUCAAAACAACAGCCUGUCAGAAGGAUGAGGAGAAGUCUCUCAGCUGGGGAAUUCUCUGCACCAGUCACAACUGGUAGUGAGAGUGAUGGUGCCAACACACCUGUUUAUACUAGGGGGACGACAACAACAGACAAACAGGUGAAGGAAAGUCCUGAUUUACUGGCUUCUGUUAAACCUGGCUUGAGUAAACGUAGCCCAGCAUUGCGCAAAAAGAUGCUGCUCCAGAAAAGCCCAUCCUUGGAUGCUGCUGAUCAAAAGCCGAUGGUAACCAAGGCACGAGCCCAAGCUCCAACAGAGCAUGCACCCAUUCAAGCUGCAUAUGCUCCUGUCCAGGCAGAAUAUGCACCUGUACAUGGCGAGUACGCACCUGUUGUGGGAAAAAUGGAGCCAACAAAAGAGGAGGAAGAGGAAAAGGUUGCAGAUCAGCCAGUCAUAAAACAGGCAGGAGCCAGAACACCAAGAAAGUAUGUGAAAAGUGGGAAGCCCCAACGUCGAAUGACAAUGCCCGAUGCCUCUUCUAUGAAAGCUGCAGCUGUUGAAAACCACAUGCCUCUUGGCUCAGCUGUGAACCGGGUGGAACAGAUGUAUGCCAAAUUAGAGCAAGAUACAAUUGAUUAUCUAUGUAAAUCAGAAGCUGAAAAAAGUGGUGAGGUUAAAGACACCUCCAAACGACGCAAAAGGUUAGUGAAAAGUUUCUCUGUAGAUGACUCUCGCAGUAACACAGGUGUUACGGCUAGUAAGCCACCGUUACCAAAAGCACCAUCACCUAAAGAAUGGACUGACUCACCCAUCUACGAUAAACCCAGCAGUGAUGAAGACAUCAAGUCUCGAGCGGCUAGAAUCUUAGGAGUAGAUGUAAAAGAUUUGCCUCCUAACUUGGCUGGAGUAUCUGGUAAGAAGCCACAGAUGAGGAAAGACCGGCAAGGGAAAAUAACUCUGAGUGAACACAGUUUAAAACCAUCAUUGUCAGACAUUCCACCUCGACAAUCUUGUAGAACUGCUUCAGCUGUGUCGGCAGGCAGACCUGCCUCUGUCUUAGUGACAGUUGCAUCACCAGAAGAUGAGUCAAACCUGUCAGAUUAUGAAGGUCGAGCCGUCAUUCGUCAAAGGUCAAAGACUGACAGUACACCCUAUGAGUCCUCAUCAGAAGAAAGAAAGAAAUUUCAGAAAAAUAGAAAGAAGUCUUUACCUGGGUCCAAUGAAAAAAUAGCCGAGCUGAAACCGCCAACUGGUACUAGAUCACCAAAGGGCUCAAGAUCACCAAAACAGCAGCGCUCACCAACACUACGGCGCAAGAGCUCUUCUCUUCUGGCUCUGAAGGCAGAGCAGAAAGAUAGUAGUGAGUCAUCGAGUGAAGAGGUAGACUUGAAGAAACAUCCAAUUGUCAGCCCAAGGCUUCGGAGAAGAGUAAAAAGGCCCAAGAGGACUGGACAGGAUGGUGCACUGAGGGGAGGCAUACACUGGGUGUACAACCCGUCAUACCGGGAGUCCCCCCCUGACUCCAAUGUGCUGACUGUGCCAUCAUGGGAGGAUGUGAUUGCUGAACGGUUGUUGGCUGGCUGUGACCAAGAGAGUGGUCAAGAUGUGUCACAGUGGCGGGGCAUUUCAGAGGAAGAUGUACAAGAUGUAUCCAAGGGACAGUCAACCAAGAAGAAGAAGGGAUUGUCGCCAGACGAGAGGGUUAGGUCACCCGUCCGGGGCAGGUCUACAAGGUACAGCACCCAGCCUGUGACCCUGGCAGAGAGACCAGCUGUUGUGCCACAGAGACUGACUAUCCGUGGGGAGGAUGAAGUCAUCACCGGCAGUUCAGUUACCCGGCUGCGACAGUUGUUCAAUUAUUCAACGUAUAAGAAAACAAAUUUACAACCUCUCCCAAAUACCUCCAGCGGUGAGGAUGUCACCAACCAAGACACAUCCCCGCCAGACAGCUCCAAUGUUGGCAAUACAGCAGAGACACAACAGCAAGGACCCACACAAAAACUUGUCUUCCGCAAGACAGGAAGGAAGUGGGGCUCCUUACGAGUUAAAGGAACUCCCAAAAUCGAGUUUGAAGAGGACUCGUCCCCUUUUACACGCAGCUAUUCUUUCAGGGGGAAGGAUUUGAAGGAUGAAGGUUUAGAAGACAUUAGAGGCAUCGUGUCCAGAAUUCGGCAGUUAUUUGGGGAUUCCAAAGACGAGACAGAACAGCCGGCACUAGUGAAACCAGCAGGAUCACACGAUCAGCGCCCCCCCUCCAGUCCAGAGGCACAUGGGUUCCCCGCCUCUCAGGGCACCAGGUCAGCAUCCUCUCCCAUCCAGCACAUCCUCCACACCCCAGCCACGCCCAAGCCACAGCCUCCCACCGUCACCUCAAGGACGGCAACCUCCGACAUGGAGGCACAUCAGCAGAACAACAGCAUGAAAGAAGACAAGGAAAACGAUGCGGAGAGGGCCGAGAGGAUAGCCAAGUACAAGGCCCAGAGGAGAAGGGAGUUGGCACAGAAGUAUGACUUCCUGAAUAAGAGUGUAGCAGCAGAUGUCCAGGCACGUCGAGCACAGUUUGGGAAGAGCAGAAACUUUACCAUCGGAUCUUCACCAGAGAGUGCACUCAGCAUUGCUGCAGCUCGAUCAGAGGCAGAGAGCAGGGUGGGGCAGCAUCCUGUAGGGCUGAGCCCCCGAAUGGUGAGGAGAGGUUCUCAUGACAGUGCCAUCCUGGCUGAAAGCUUGGCCCAGUUCAGUGCUGAUGACCAUCAUUCCGGUGUGGCACAGGUUGACUCAGGCACUGCUCAUCCAACACCAUCCCCCAGAGCUCUCCGAAGGUACAGAAGAAGCGAGACUCUACCUAUGGAGAGAACAGACAUCAUGACUAUGUUGUCACAGGACAGUGAGGAGCCACCAACACAAACACCUGACCAACAGGUCACCAUCUACACAAAGACGGACACAAGGCCGGAGCCAGAGGGUGGCGUUCCUGAGGACCAGCCUGUGGUGCCAGUGCAGGAGGUGACUGGUGAGGAACAGGCUGAAGACCAGGGGGAGAGCAGCAGUCUCUCAAAGGGGGCUGAGGUGGCAGAUUCACAGCCGAGAAGGGUUCACGCAGGGGACUUUUGUGAUAUGGAAGUGGCAGAUCGAAGAAGGCGUGACCGAGAGCGCAGAGAGUAUCGACGAAGGCGGAAGGAAGAGAAGAGGAAGUCUAAACUCAACAUGCCAGGACAGGAAGAUCCUGACUUCACCCAGGCUGCAGUUGUGUCUGAAGAUGUGUACACGGAUGGGCAGCUAUCUGCAGUUCCACAGGAGCUGUCAGGGGGCGACAGGGAAGCCUCUCCCAGUAGGAUCUAUGUGGACACUGCCGUGGUGGAGCCCAGAGAUCGCAUGAGUUCACAGAGCGAAGACGCUUCUGACUCGGACAAGAAGCAGACACAGAAAUACAUCCAACUCACCAAGCAGCCUUCCCACCAGGAGAGAGUCCAGUCUAGCAGUACCCAGAAGCAAGCCACAGAAGUAACUGGGGAGUCUGGAACUCAGGAAAAGCCAGGUUUUACCCUAACGGAGAUGAACGUAAAGAAGGGUCAAGUCAAGGUCAAGGAUGUAGACAAAUUAUCGGGUGUUCCUCGAGUUUCACGAUUUCGAAACCUGUCCCCAUGGAAGGAUGAUGUGGUUGUUGAUUCAACAACAGAAUCUGAGUAUGAAGGCGGACACAUGUCGGACACUCACCCCAGCAGGGUGAAGAAGCUGACUGAUGAUCCCAGACCCACGAGGGCUGAAGCAUUGUUGAGGAGCAAAAGGCCUCUUCUGCCUUCCAAGGUCAAGCGACAGUUGGGAGGGGAAGAGAAACGACUCCCUUUGCACAUCGCUGGGAAAAGUUCUGAUUCUUCCAGAUCGGAUACCUCCGAUAUUGAGGGGAAGCAUAGCAGCUUCCUGACAUAUAUGAAGUCUGGGGCCGAAGAAAUCAAUGGUGAUGCAGAUGAAAUCACUCCCACUGCAGUCACAGAGCUAAGAGUGGAGGAAGAGGCAAGUACAGCAUCUGUAGAGAAAGUAGAGACAAAGUCUACAGAAACUCUAGGAAGUGCAGAAAAGCUAGUAGAGCUGAAGGUAGUAGAGGAGCCAUUGGCAGCAAGCAAACCAACAGAAACCUUAGAUGAAAAACUGGCUAAACUGAAACAAAGAUUACAGCAAAGAACAAGGCUACAGGUGGAAGAGGUCAAGCUCGCCAAGCCAGAGGGCUUGGGAAUUAAGAUUGAAGCUAAGAUCAGUGAGAAAUAUCGCAAAGCUGAGAGGAAGGCAGAUGAGUUUGAGCAAAGUGACAGUAAGAAGAUAGAAGAUAUAGUGUCAUCAAAGGCUGGACCAUUGUAUGAGAAAUCAGAAGAAGGAAGUGAUGGAAGAGAAGGGACAGGUGAAGAAACCACAACACAGCAAAGUGCACAACUCACAGCAGACGAGCUAGAAGCUAUCAGAGAGGUUGACUUAGCCAUAAAAGAAGAAGAACAGUAUCCAGAAGAGGUAGCAAAAUCCAUGGAAGAAGCCAAACCAUCUGGGAGGGAACCAGUUAGCACCAGGAAAGAAGUGAUACAACCUGCCACCACUUUGAAGGAAAAUGAAAUGCACACAGCAGAUGUUCUUGAGGAAGCCAGAGAGAUGGUGAAACAAGAACUGAAGGUAGCAGAAGAACAGGAGGAAGAACCAACUGUAGUGAAAGAGGCUGAACAGUCUGCUGUCUCCUCUACCAGUAGGCCUGAGGACAACAGUGAGUUGGACUCUACUUCUCAACCCACCAAGUUCCAUGGAAAACCACCCUUGUCCCUGGAAUUGGACUUAGAAAUGGAGCCCACUUCUGAGGUAGCCGGGCAGCCCCCCACCCCCACUCCGGGGUCGCCCCGCUUCUCUGUCAUAGAAUCUCUGAGGGAAAGUGCUCGCAAACUGGACGAUAAGAUCAAGAGUUUAAAGGAAGGAACUAAGAAACUGGAGGAAAAGAUCGGGAACAAGAGACAGGAUAAGAUACAGAAGCUCGGGGAAAAGGUCUCCAAGUUUGAGGCUAUUGCCAAGGGUGGCCCUCCUGUCAAGGAUGGAAGGACAAGGAUGAAAAUAUCAUCGAAGGAACGGCGUAAAGAUGAGCGUUUUCGCACACAGCCUAUCACAGCAUUGGAGAAGUCUUCUGGGACUGCAUCAGAAAUAUCUGAGACAGUCACGACCCUUAAGGAGUUGCUGGGCCAGCGGGCACCUUUCAGUUUCUUCCAGAGGAAGGAAAAAGAAGCCGCUGCCACGGCUGCGAGGGAGACGUCGACACACCGUCCUAAACGGGAGGGACCGGAAAAAGCACACACCUCACGCCUCAGGUCACAAUCUCUCACAACAACUGAGGUUGAAGAGGUAGCACAGCAUGGGAAACCGGCACCUAAGAAACUGGACGACCUGAUCGAGGAAAGCAAACCAUCUCUUCUCAAUGAGAAGGGCGAGCCCCUGGUUUCUGAGGGGGAAACCGCCCGCAUGAGUGUCACUGCACGAGCGGAAAUCUUCAAGAAAAUCCAAGAAGAGGAGAAGGCAAAGUCUUCGAAGCUUCCCGUGGCGUCUGCAGCUCAGCGUAGAAUACGAAGAGCACAGAGGUAUGAACGGUCCAAAACACAGCCAAUCACACCAGAAGAGCUGCAUUCUGCCUCGCAGAUAGCCUCCAGUUCCAGGAAAGAUGCCGAGCCCUCUCCUCUCCACACCAGCGUGGAGGAUGACCACGAUGUUUCCCGCUUGACAUUGGCGGAGAAAAUGGCACUUUUUAAUGAGAAAGCUGAACCUCCCAAGCCUCAGCCUAAGAUAGCUACACCCACAAGAAAACGUCGCACUGCAUCUAGAUUUAAAACUCAACCUGUAACGGUAGAAGAAGUACAGAAGGCCAAGAUGGGAGAAGCUGCAAAAAUGUCCCCUCUUGUCAUGAGCUUCCAACCUCCCCCGGACCCUGACGCCAUGUCUAGUCUACCCAUUGACCAGGCGCGGGAAAUGCACGCCCAGUUCUACAACAGCGGAGUGUCCCUCGCACGAUCCUGGUCAGAUCUUCGUGAUGCAGGGGCACCAGUCAAACCCAUCCGCGGGAUCCUGCGUCAGGACAAAAAGGAACAUCCUGCAGAACCAAAGUCUAUACUAGAGAAGAAAGAUGUCCGAGGAGAACAAAGCUCUCCUAGAAGUAUUCUCAAGAAAGAUGCAUCUGGCUUACCACUUUCUCCAGACACCAGAGUUAAAGGGAUUCUAAAGAAGGAAAGAUCGUUUGAAAGUGCUCAUGAGGACCCUAAGGUACGCAGUCCUUAUAAAUCAGACAUUGAAGAACCGAGAGUCAGAGGAAUUCUGAAAACCCCUGAAAGGAGGACAUCUUCUGAAGAACAUAUGGAGGGAAUUCUGAAGAAGGCUUCUCCAGAGUCUCAGGCUCAUGUGGAAGGAAUACUCAAACCCAGAUCCGACUCGGAUGCCUCUCGAGAGGUGCGAGGGAUUUUGAAGCAUGAGAGAACUAGUGGUGAGGAUGAGGAUAUGAAUGGUGAGAUGACCACAGCACCUGGCUGGGCGGCCAGUGUCGCACCCAGCCACGUGGCCAGACUCAGGCCGAGUGAUGUGGUGGACGGGGGCGCACUGUCCAAGUCUCCGGCUGCAGAAACCACCUCGCCGCGUAGGCGGCGCUUCUCUCAGGAGAGGCACAUGACCAUGCCUGUCACUACUUCUGAGGUAGAGGAGGCAGAGAGAGCUACGUCUGAGGCAGAGAAACAGUCAUCUGUCAUAGCAGCCAGGGAGGAUGAAGUCAACAGCAGGCUAGCAGCAUUGAAGAGAUCAGGAGAUGAGGAUUGGAAGGUGCGCUUACAGAAGGAAGAUGCUUCCCAAAGUGUGACACUACGGGACCGCAUGUCCAUGAUAGAAGUAGCAGAGGAGGGAUGGAGGAAGAGGGUGGAGCGGAGGCCAAGCCUGACCCGGCCAGAGAGGCCCACCAGCCUGGCUGACCGUCUGUCCAAACUACAGGACAGUAGUGAGACCUGGAAACAACGAGUCGGCAGUAAAGACGCGGAACAGUUCACUGUGGCAGGAAAGCUGGGUGCCAAGGGCAUGUCACCGCUGGCUUCUCCUGCAAGGUCACCUAUGGUGGAGAGGAAAGUCAAGUCUGUGCCCAAACCACUCCACCAUGAGGGCACCAUGGCAGAUCCUCUGGGUCACUUCAAGGUGCCAGCACCACCGCCGCCAGCCCCAGCACAGGAAUCAGCCUUCCCACCACCCAGAUUACCAACUCUGCCAGCCUCCAAACCUGCAGAGCCUAGCCCGGUCACCAGGACAGCAGUGGGAAGGCCUGAUGAUGAGGAAACGUUUGAGUCUUUCUAUAAAACCAAAGCACCUGUAGAUGUAGGGCAGGUGGAGAUCAGCCUGGAUGACUUUGACCAAAUCAGCAUUGAUGCUCUGGUCAACACACCAAGUUUAUCUCAGACCCAUGCCCUCCACAAGCGAGCCCUGCGCCCACGGCGGAAGGUUGCGCCCGUCAGCAGUAACCCCCUGAGGAAACUCCAGGAGAGAACAGACAUCAAACAGGAGUACGAGGAGCGGCGCCUGGGGGUCGCUGACCUGGAGCUCAAGAGAGCAACAGUACAGAAAGUGAGUCAGCAUGCAGGGUUUGCCAGCUCAGCCCUGGCUGGCCUGGCCAGUACAGAAGACUUCAGCAACGUGUCGCUCCGCAGCACACAGAGUCAGCAGGCCUCACAUGAGCAACUCCUGCCAUUCAGGGAUGUCAUGCUUCUACAGGUUAAAGGUCGGCGACAUGUCCAGACUAGAUUAGUGGAGCCAAAGGCAGUAUCACUGAACAGUGGAGACUGUUUUAUUCUGGUUACACCCAACAUAGUCGUCAACUGGAUCGGAGAAUUUGCAAAUGUCAUUGAAAAGGCCAAGUCUGCAGAAAUAGCCUCGGUUGUCCAAGCCAAGAAAGACCUCGGCUGUAAGGCCAGCACUCUCAUCAACCUGGAGGAGCCCAGGAAGGAACUACACAAGGCCAAACCAUUCUGGAAGGCUCUUGGGGGCAAGACUGAUUACCAAGGAGCUGGUGAUGUGAAUGAAGAUGAGAUCUAUGAGAUGAAGGUGGCAGCCACUAACUGUGUGUACCAGGUGCAGGACAACAAGCUGGUUCCAUAUGAGGACUACUGGGGCAAGCUGCCUAAAAUAGACAUGCUAGAUUCCAAACAGGUUUUAGUGUUUGACUUUGGUAGUGAGCUGUACGUGUGGCAGGGUCGGCAGUCUGACUUCACCAAGAGAAAAGUGGGAGUGAAGCUAGCGCGGCAGCUGUGGGAGAUGGGCUAUGACUUCUCCGAGUGUGACAUCAACCCUAUCUAUCCCCACGGUGGCAUGCCAAGUAAAUCCUCCAAGAGACCUCAGUGGGCACUGUUUGCCAAGGUGAAUGAGCGGAUGGAGACAGUACUCUUCAGGGAGAAGUUUGUCGAUUGGCCAGACUCUACUCGCAUUAUCAAGUGUAAAGGAAAUGAUGGUACGGCUGUCAAGACUGAUGUGACCCUUGACCUGAAGCCGUAUGACGCCAAAUUGCUGGUGCCAGUGCCUGAGGACCUAGCGAGGUUUGUGCUGGAAGGUGUGGAUGUCGGGCGGGGCACGGGGAGUGUCAGUGUAGAGGAGAGGCGUGGUCAGGAGAUCACUACGCUAGGGACCAAAAUGUGGCAUGUUCUUGAGUAUGAGAGCAGUGAGAUGCCAAACCACAGCAUCGGGCAGUUUCACAGUGGUGACACCUAUGUGGUCAGGUGGCACUACCAGAUCACUGCUGUUGGUUCCAAGUUGCAUGGUGGCGUGUCCAAGCGGAAUGCAGGGGGAGUCGGUCGUGAGCGUUAUGCCUACUUCUUCUGGCAGGGCCAGGACAGCACUGUUAAUGAGAAGGGGGCUUCUGCUCUGAUGACUGUGGAGCUGGAUGAAGAGAGAGGCCCUCAGGUCAGGGUGUUACAGGGCAAAGAACCCCCAUGCUUCCUCAGCCUGUUCCAAGGUGGCAUGGUAGUACACAUCGGGAAGAGAGAAGAAGAGGACACCAACACACAAGAUACUGGGGCCUCCUGCCCCUCCCAUACAGGUCCAUGGAGAUUCUACUGCAUACGAGGUGAACUCCCACAAGAGGCAUGUUUGCGAGAGCUUCCUGUGGACGUCCACCGGCUGAGGUCGCGCUCAUCAUUCCUGCUGCUCAACAUCAAGAUGAACAGAGUCUACAUCUGGCACGGCUGUAAGGCACACCAGGGAACCAGGGCAGUGGCCAGGAGGGCAGCCAACAUGCUGCAGGACAGAUGUCCCUUAGAGUGUGGUCUGACUCCGAACAGCAGUCUGUCUGUCAUCGAGAUGGAAGAAGGGAAGGAGCGCAGGGAAUUCUGGGUAGCCUUGGGCGAGAAGGACAGGACUGUGUAUGACUGCAUGUUGGAAGAUCCAGUGGACUUUAAGUUCACCCCAAGGAUGUUCCAAAUGUCGAGUAUCUCCGGACAGUUUGAGGUGACAGAAGUUCUGCACCCAGCACGAGUGGGACCCCGCGAUGUCUGUCCUCAUCCCUUCCUACAGUCAGACAUGUACACAGCCUCUCAGCCAGCCCAAUUCCUGGUUGACAACCUGCAUGAGGUGUACCUGUGGCAGGGCUGGUGGCCGGAGGACGAGGAGUUCACGGGGUCGGCUCAGAUCAGAUGGGACAUGGACCGCAAGUGUGCCAUGGAGACCGCCAUGAGUUACUGCAGAGAGAGGAGACCAGACAACCCCCCUAAAGCCUACCUGAUCCAUGCUGGGCUGGAGCCCCUCACCUUCACCAACAUCUACCCUUACUGGGAUCACCAGGAGCACAUCGCAGCCAUCAACAUCAGGGAUGGUAAGGUACGGAACAAGGCAGUCCUGGUGAGCGAUGUGCUGAAGAGGCUAACCAAAUCUCAGUACACCUUUGAUGAGCUGAUGGAGCGACCAUUACCAGAAGGAGUCGACCCCAUGAGACUGGAGAAGUAUUUGGAACAAGCUGACUUUGAGAGGGUCCUGGGCAUGAGCAGGGAGGAGUUCUACCUGCUGCCUAUCUGGAAACAGACCAACCUGAAGAAAGACAUGGGCUUGUUCUGAUGGCAAUGCUGAAGUACAUAUAGAGGAAACUAGAAAUAAAGCAAUAACACCACUAAUGCAUGUAAUGCUAUAUAUUUUAUCAUGCUGUCUAUAAUUUUAUGCAACAAACAAUACCAUAUCUUGAUCUGCUCGUAGCUAGUAGCUACAAAUCCAUACAUGUAGAUGUGCACAUAUUAUAUAUUAUGUUCUAGUUUUUCUAUGUGGCCAUGCAGACAGGUUUAUGUUGCAUUAUGCACCAUGGUUGAUUAUAGUCUAAUGACCUGUUACAAAAUAUGAGAAGGAACAUCCUCUAAAGACUUGUCCACAGCAGAUGAACCUGUAUAUCUGAGGAGGUGUCGAACUACUGACAGAACAGGGAUAUACAAAAUAUGGAGUAUUUCUGCCUCACUUUAAAGCAAUUACUGCAUAUUAACGUGUUAUACAGUAUGGGCAAAAGUGACAUUCUACUCUCCCUUGGUUCUGAAAGCAUGUACAUGUACAUGUACAUGUACAUGUAUAAAAUGUAUGUACUACAAUUAAUAUUGUUUACAUUUAAUGAAACCACUUCUUACUGCACUGUAGAUGUUUCCAUGGUAUUUCUGGCUGACUUGCUAUUAUUUUGCAAAUUAAGUGUGGGGCUGCUUGUACAUGUAGAAUAUGAGCAAGUUUUACUAUCAUAUCUUUUAAGGUGUCUAUGAGCUACAGUAUUACAUAGCCAGCAAAUUUAUGAUAAUUUUGGAGCAAUUAUUUUAAACAUAGUCAUAGCAGGUAACAUGACAUGGGUAUAAAUGCCACCCUUGCAAUAAGAUCAUAUCAACUUGGUAAGACAAUAUUUAAUUUAUAUACACCUGUAGAUGCCUUGUAAAUUCACAGCAACAACCUCACUGCAAAGAAGAAAUGCAGAGUUAAGUUUUUAGUAAGAUUGGCUCAAUUCAAUGCAGGAAAUGCAAAGGUUAUGCUUUUUUUGUUAGUGUAAAUAUGAGAGCCACUGGCAAAUCCUGCAGUUUCACCUUCAUCUGGUGGGUAAGAAUUAUUGAAAAUGGAUGAACCCUGAGUUGACAAGAAGUAUAUCAAGCACUAUAAGAAGGGAUAACUUUUUAUGGAAUAAACUUGGUCUGAAGUUUCUCA